GCGAUCGUGCCCUGUUCAACGGUCGUUGCUAGUAGUUUUUAAUUAUUGUACAUUUUUCUGUGAAUUAAGUGUAUUAUUGUAUUGUUUUCUUUUGUGUAAUUGUAAUAAAUAUGGCAGAAUUUUCACAGUCACUUUUUCUGAGUGAUCACACACUGCAGUCUCUAGAAAAACAGGCCGCGAAACCCGCAUCUCAUUCGACUACUCCAAUUUCCAAUGCUGACCGAUGUACGACACGGUCAAGUCAAGUCAACAAACGACAAAGCAGUGACGAACAGCGAUCGUUGGAAGUCAUCGAUGAAUCUCCGACUAAUUCAAGUCGUGCAAAUGGUAACGAAACACGGCACAAAAGUGUGCGGGAACGCUUGAGAACGGUUAGUACUCAAUCUCGUUCCCGCAAAGGAUUUCGUCGAAACAAAUCCGACUCGAUGACGUUAAAUGCAGCGGAAGAAAAACAGAAAACAAAACAAAAAGCUCGCAGCGAGAGUAGGGAGCAACUCAAUUUCGAUGGAGACAAUUUUUCGGAUUUGUUCCGUAGUGAUAUUCGCUUCGACGGAUUGUCUGGAAAGCCACAAAUUGCCAAAUGCGAAGACCAUGCACAGAAAGAAAUUAAUAUUUCGAAGCUUUUAGAAUCGGAUAUUGCUUUUGAAACUUCGCAGGUGGUAACCGAGUUCAAAGACCCAACCGUGAUCGGUUCACCAGUAUCGAAGCAGUCCCGUCAUAGUGAUGAAUAUGCGGAUAUUUUCGGAAGCAGUGAAUUUUCCAUGGAUCUACAGCCUCGAAGUCAAAGCUUGGUAGCAACGGUUCGGGAAUCUAACGGCUUCGAUGACCUUUUUGACAAGAGUGUCUUCACCCUUGAGGCACCCGCUCAGCCAGCCAAAGAUAUGAAACCUUUGAUUAGUAGUACGAUGAACAAUUUCUUAUGUAGUGAAGAUUUAUUAGAAUUUUCCGGUCUCCAAGAACCGUUGCGUGUUGGAGAAGAUGAUCUAGAAGCUGACGAUAUUUCUCUGCUAGUAGAAAAUGUCAACUUUACUCAAAUUCACAUUGCCGAUUCAGAUGAAAGCAGACAAAAAAUUGAGAAUUUGCUCAGUCAGGAAUUAGAGCGCUCAAAAAAUAUUGUUCACGAAACCUUAAAAAAGAAUAAUCGUGCCGUUGAAAAUGAAUCAAUCAAUCACACGACGGUCCUUGCGUCAUCGUCCUUUUUAUGUCCUUCGGCGAAAACUCAAAAUGCCUCCAAUGAGCCAAUGUCGCUAAACGAAAAUAAAAAUCUUCGACUUGUGGCCAGUUGGGGCCUACCGGAAGCGGUCACGAAAGCCUAUGCAAGGAAGGGCAUUACGGAGCUAUUUCAAUGGCAGUCGGACUGUCUAGCCAAUGCCAAGGUGAUCCUGGAAACGGCAAAUCUAGUUUACAGUGCUCCCACUUCCGGUGGUAAAACGAUUGUAAGCGAAUUUUUGGUUGCUAAAACCGUUGUGGAGAGGAAACGGAAAGCGAUCGUCAUUCUACCUUUCGUUGCGGUUGCACGGGAGAAAAUGUUCUAUCUGCAGGAAAUUCUUUCCCCUGCGGGAAUUCGAGUGGAAGGAUUUUUCGGAGGUCACACAGCACCAGGAGGUUUCGAGAGCGUGGAUGUUGCUGUAUGUACCAUCGAAAAAGCAAAUUCGAUCGUGAAUCGGUUACUGGAACAGCAAACACUGUCCAGUCUCGGACUAAUCGUUGUUGACGAAGUCCAUUUGAUAGCGGAUCCUUCCAGGGGUUACAUACUAGAGUUGCUAUUGACAAAGAUCCGGUAUGUUGGUGCUAAACUGGGUGAACGGAUCCAAAUCGUGGCAAUGUCUGCGACUUUACCCAACAUGGAACUGCUAACGGAUUGGCUGCAGGCGGAACAAUUUCGAACGGAUUUCCGUCCGAUUGAGUUAAAAGAGAUGGUUAAACUUGGCACCGGCAUUUACGAUAACCGGGGAAAACUUAUUCGGAAGUUGGACACUGAUUUGUUCAAAGGGAUCAUGCGAGAUCAAGAUAACAUUGCGCAGCUAUGCUUGGAAACGAUUCUGGAAGGAUGUUCCGUAAUCGUCUUUUGUCCCUCGAAGGAUUGGUGUGAACGAUUAACACUGCAUCUGGCUGAGUUCAUUCAUACGUUGCAGAAAUCGGAUUCCGAAUUGGGUGUAAAACUCCGCUCAGAAAUGAAUCAGAAUAAAAUAGAGGAAGCACUCGCACUGCUGAAAGAUUGUCCUACCGGUUUGGACAUUGUGCUGGGUAAAACCGCACGCUAUGGAUGUGUCUAUCAUCACGCUGGACUUACGGCUGACGAGCGGGAUAUAAUCGAAAGCUGUUUUAAAAGUGGCACGCUAAGAAUAAUCGUUGCAACCAGCACUCUCAGCAGUGGCGUAAAUCUUCCUGCCAGAAGGGUCAUUAUCCGGACGCCACUUUUCGGUGGAACUCAGAUGAAUCCACUGACUUAUCGGCAAAUGAUCGGUCGAGCCGGACGGAAGGGACGAGACGUACUGGGAGAAUCGAUACUGAUGUGCGAUGGACAAAAUACGAAAGCCGGCUGGGGGCUUGUGAACGCAGAGCUAAAACCUAUCGCUUCCUGUCUGGACGGGGAUGGAUAUAGCCACCUGAAGCGCGCGAUUCUGGAGAUCAUCGCAUCCGGUAUGGCCAGCACGACACGUGAACUGGAAACGUUCGUCAACUGUACUCUGUAUAGUUGCGAGAAAAAGUGUCCGUUUAGCUUUGAUUUUGAUUCACUGGAAAAAAGCCAGCGGAAGGUGAUGCAGGCCGCCGCUGGUAGUGAUCGUGAUGCCGAGAACGUGAAUCCUAUAGCGAACUGUGUUCAAUUCUUGCUGGAGUACGAGUUUAUCCGGAUGCAGCACAGUGCUGAAACCGGAGAAAUUCUGUUAACAGCCACGCAGCUUGGCAGUGCUUGUCUAGCUGCUUCAAUGCCACCACGGGAUGGUUUCUUAUUGUUUAGCGAACUGCAGAAAUCUCGGCAGUGUUUUGUGCUGGAAACAGAGCUUCAUGCCAUUUAUCUGGUUACACCGUACUCCGUAAGUUACCAGUGGCAAAGUAUCGACUGGAUGGCUUACCUGACACGGUGGGAAAAACUGUCCGAACCGAUGAAACGGGUUGGGGAGCUGGUGGGAGUACGGGAGGCUUUCCUGGUGAAGGCGUUGCGCGGAAACGUUGGCUCAGAUGACUAUCAGUCCCUGCAGAUCCAUAAGCGGUUCUAUACUGCACUGGCACUCAAAGAGCUGGUGGACGAAAAACCGUUGAGCGCCGUUGCACAGGAAUUCGUCUGUACGAGAGGGCUUUUGCAAAGUUUACAGCAAGUGGCGGCUACUUUUGCUGGAAUUGUAACGGCAUUUUGCACUUCACUUAACUGGAAUCUGUUGGCAAUGAUUGUAUCGCAGUUCAAAGAACGACUAUUCUUCGGCAUUCAAUCCGACCUACUCGAUUUGAUGCGAAUUGCCAGCUUGAACGGACAGCGAGCACGUAUGCUAUUCAACGGUGGUAUCACCGGGUUGGUGGAUCUGGCCAAUGCGGAUCCACUGUUAGUGGAACGGAUUCUGUACGGAAGCGUUAGCUUUCAAACGGAACAGAAACGGGAAGGUGAAGAUGAGUUCGAGGCUCGUAAAAGAACCAACCUAAGAAAUCUGCACGUAACUGGCCGGGCCGGGAUGACGGUGAGCGAAGCGGCUCAGUUGCUAGUCAAAGAAGCCCGCGACUACAUUCAACUGGAUACCGGGGUUCGUAAUCCUGACUGGCAGAAUCAGUCCGACCAGGAAGAGCAGGACGCAUCCUCCGUUGGCGAAAGCGAGAAUGUGCCAAUGUUGGAACAGAGAGAAAAAAACAAUGAUCUAUCGAAUCCUAAACAAUCGUCGAUAGUUUCGUUCGAAGUUUCCGAUUCAGACAGUAAUCGUGAAAUUGAAAAAUUUCACAAUUCGCUCAUAAUGAAUUUUUCGCACGUGCUGAGCGAUGACAAAACUUCGACCAGUCAGGGAGGGAAAUACGAUUGUUUGAACAUAGUAGAUUUGUGUGCUGAAUUGACCCUUUUUCAACGGUUCGGUGAAGAGUUAGAACAAGUGAAUUCGGUUAGUGUUGCGUUUGGAGUUGGUAAAAUUGAUCGCACCAAAUCGGUAAUCGGUGGUAAUCUGUUGAUCAAUCAGCCAACGAAAGGUGAAGAGAAUGAAAUUCUCAAAGCCUAUCGGUUCGUGUUUCACGACAAUCUUUACAUUAGUGGAAUUGCUUUCACGCUACCUGAGCGAAGUAACGAUGAAGCGGAAAAUGUGACAUAUUACUUGAACUUGCGAAAGGAUGGUCCAAUCGAAUGCAGUUCGAAACAACAACUUGUCUGUGAUUUGUUACGACGUGACACGCUUACGGUGAAUAUUUUUGAUGCAAAAGAACAACUCAAAAUGGUGUACCGGAGCGGAUUACUCAGUCAAGAUUACGAAAUUUUGGCUGAUGUGCGUGACCCGAAAGUUGCAAACUGGCUUUUGCAAGCCGAGGACAAAGUUAUCCCACUGCAGGCGAUGGUUCAGCAAUACUGUCCUGAGUUAUCGUCCAUAAGUCAACUUGCCGGUCGUUGUCCGGGUUCUGCUGGUCCAGCGUUGCAUUUCAUGAGUGCAAUCGAUGCACGAAUCAGAUGCACCGUCGAGAGCUUCCUCGUGCAGCAUAUGAUCACAGCACAGCUCGAACAGUUCGAGCACCUAGAUCGGCCGCAAGAAGUAUUGACUACAUUCUCCAGCCGAGAAAUGCCACUGCAUUUGACGUUAACACGAAUGGAACUUGUUGGCUUCCCUGUUGACGGCUGCGAACUUGGUCGAUUGAUCGAUCGAUUGCAUCAGGCGAAAGAUCGUAUCGCGGAACGGGUACGGCAACUGAAUGGUGGCCGUAAACUGGACUUCGGCUCGGCUAGUGAAGUCGCAGGUGUGUUGAAGGUACCGCGCGAUCGUUAUGGACGCACAAAAACAACCCGUCAGGUAUUGGAACGAAUCGAUUCUCCGCUGGCUGCGCUUGUGAUUGCUUACAGGAAAAUUGACAGUAAUCUAAGUCGGACGAUCGAGCCGCUGUAUCGAUCGGUUCGCAACGCCAAGCGAAUAUAUGGAACCAGCUUUUGUUUCACUUCUACUGGGCGCAUUACAAUGCAUGAACCAAAUCUGCAAACCGUGGUCAAGGAUUUCACGGUGGAAUUUGAACCGGGGAAUGUAGAAGUUUUCAGCUGUCGCAGCACGUUCGCUUGUUCGGAUCAAAAUAGGGUGCUUCUCUCGGCCGACUUCUGCCAACUGGAGUUAUGUGUGCUAACCCAUCUGUCUCAGGAUCGAAAGCUGCUGGCGGUGAUGAGCGCUGGGAAGGACGUCUUUCGGAGCAUUGCUGCCAAAUGGAAUCGAAUUCCGGAUGAAAAUCAUGUUUCAGAUGAGCUAAGGAAUUGCACCAAAGCGAUUGUGUACGGUGUUAUCUACGGCAUGGGUGUCAAAUCGAUGGCCACCGAGUUGAACGUCGACGAAGACAUGGCUCGUACACUGAUGGAGCAAUUUCAUUCCACUUAUCCGGAUAUACGUCGCUAUGCGGACAAGGUAACACAAAUUACUAGAGAACGAGGCUAUAUCGAAACGUUAACCGGGAGAAGACGUUACUUGCCGGCAAUUCAUAGUACGGAUCCGAAAAAAAGAGCCGAAGCGGAACGGCAGGCCGUUUGUACAACGGUGCAGGGUUCCGCUGCGGACAUCCUGAAGAAUGCGAUUUUGCGGAUGAUGCGAAAUCUUCGCAAGUAUCGAGAGACACUGCGUUUGGGCCAGAUUGAGCUGGUGUUACAUUUGCACGAUGAAUUGAUUUUCGAGGUGCCUAGCGAGCAAGCGCGUAAGAUAGCUAAAAUUCUGAAAUCCAGCAUGGAGAAUUGUGCCAAGCUCAGUCUGCCGCUUAGGGUGAAGGUGAAAAUGGGACCCUGCUGGGGUCAACUGAAGGAGAUGCAGGUGUAAUAUUAAUUGUACAGAAUUUUUUUUGGUUCGUGUUGUCCCGAGAUCAGAAGACUGAUGUGAUAUGUGAGUGUUCAGAGUGAUCUGUUCAAAUUUGUUUCAUGCACAUAAAAUACGUAUGUUUAUUUUACUUUCUGAAACUG